GGUCACAGGCGAGUUAACUUGUUUGCGCUCUAUACCAUCGACAGCGAGUUGUUCAACCCGUAAAUAACUUCACUCAAUAGUGGUGUAGAGAACUCUCUUCAUUCAAUAGUGAACGAGAUUAGUAGACAGACGAGAGUAUUAUACGCAGAGAUCAGACCAAACUAGAGUUUAAAGGAAAAGGAUAUUUUACCCAGGAAACAUGGCAGAACAGCAAGUGGAGAGCCAAGACCAUCAUAGGAAGAUUGCCAUCGCCAUUGACGAAAGUGAACACUCUCAACACGCACUUCAAUGGUACUUUGACAACGUGAUGCGACCAGAUGACUAUGUCGUACUUAUCCACACACCAGAGCUUUAUGAUCUCUCUAUGGCCAGUCCGGCCGUUGUUGAUCAGCUACUGAAGGAACUCACGAAUAAAGUGGCAGCUCUGGAGAAAAAGUACAAAGCAUUGGUACAGGAAAAGAAGCUGACGGGCAAGUUCCGUACAGGUCAGGGGAAGCCUGGCGAGGUCAUCUGCAGAAUCUCGGAGGAAGAGAAAUGCGUGCUCGUGGUCACCGGCACGCGAGGACUCGGAACAGUUCGGAGAACAUUCCUCGGCUCCGUCAGCGACUACAUCAUCCAUCACUCGCACGUGCCCGUUCUCGUUGCCAGAAGUAAAGCCCCUCACCACUAGUACAUUCGGUACAUUGAUUCGGUCCAAUCUCUUUACUGGCUUUGAAAUUGAACAAACACAUCUUCCAUCUCAAACAUCAGUGAAAAACGCAUUAGUAUGGUCAAUUUCAAUGUUUUUUUGUAGUGACUUUGUUAAACGAACAAAUACUCGCUGCUUGCAAAGAGGAACAAGUACUUUGUAUUUUAUUAUAUGCUUGUUAAAGUACUCACAUCAUUAUAAUUCAUAUGUGCAUAUAUUCACUCAGUUUUGCGUAUUAUUAAAUUCAUUGACAAUCAUAACUUGUGUUGCAAUAUUCCGGUUGCACUUUGUUUUUGUUGACAUAUCAGUUGCAAGCAUAUCUUCUUACAGUUCACUGGGUGGUACUAGGUAGUAUUUUAGUUCAAUUCGUUGUUUCGGCACCAUUCUACAUGUUGUCACGGAGCGACAGGUCCGUGAGGUUGUACUCAUCGGAAUAUGAAGAAAGACGUCCGACCUACAUUGUAUAAACUGUGAUGUACCAGUUACUUAAAAUGUAUCUAUUUGUAAUCGACUAGCAUAUGUUUGUAAAGACAUUGAUUUGUAUUACAGUGGGCUAUUAAACAGAUAUUUAUGUUG